GUGAUGCUCUGGUGCUGAUGCUGAGCUCUGGAGUGAUCAGUGCAGCAGGGGAAGAUGCGCGUGCUUGCUGACUGCUGGACGGUGCGAGGUGGUGAAGAGGGAUGUUGCUCUGAGUACAGCUAACGGCCAUCAUCUCGAUCCAUUUACGCGCUGGAGUUUCAGAGCUUUUUCUUUUUCCUUUCUUUUUUCGUUCUUUUCCUUUCUUUUCCGUAAAAGUUUCGACUCAUUAAUAAUUACGUGGAUUUACUUUCCCGCGGUUUUAUCCCUCGUACGCGGCUACACCUGUGCGCAGUGCCCUCAGUAAGCGCGCGCUCUGACUCAGCAUCGCACCUGACUGCCGCUCGCUCACCGUGUCGCGCUGCAGCUGGAUCUCAGCUCGGAGACAAUCAGCCCCGGAACGCACGCUUCAUAUGCAUCCCUUCCGCUGGAACUACUAAGUACAGAUAUCCAUAUUCCUGCGCAACGGCUGUUUCUGGGGGAAAAGUGUGCAGUGGGCAAAGAAAAAUCUUAGUUUGGAGAUUGAAAGGAGCGGGGCAUGUGGAUAUUGGCCAUCAUCUUUUUCCAGUGCAUUUUGAAUGUUCUCAGUGAAGACCUACAUUCCAGCUUGUAUUUUGUCAAUGCAUCUCUGCAAGAGGUAGUGUUCGCCAGCACCACGGGGACUCUGGUUCCCUGUCCUGCAGCAGCGGUGCCACCCGCUACCCUGCGCUGGUAUCUGGCCACCGGCGAGGAGAGCUACAAUGUCCCAGGGAUCCGCCAUGUCCAUCCAAACGGCACUCUCCAGAUCUUCCACUUUCCUCCGUCCAGCUUUAGCAAAGUGAUCCACGACAACACUUACUAUUGCACAGCGGAAAAUCCUUCAGGGAAAAUUAGAAGCCAAGAUGUUCAUAUUAAGGCCGUCUUACGAGAGCCCUAUACGGUCCGUGUGGCGGACCAGACCGCGAUGAGAGGAAGUGUAGCGGUCUUCAAGUGCAUUAUUCCUUCCUCAGUGGAGAACUACAUCACUGUUGUGUCAUGGGAGAGAGACACCGUACCACUCGUCUCAGGGGCUCGAUUUCUCAUAACGUCCACGGGGGCCCUGUACAUCUUGGAUGUGCAGAAGGAGGACGAAUUAUUCAACUACCGCUGCAUGACGAGACAUCGCUACACAUCUGAGACCAGACAGAGCAACAGUGCACGCCUAUUUGUGCCAGAUCCUACAAACUCUGCGCCUGCGAUCCUCGAUGGGUUCGAGAAGCGGGAGGUCAUGGCAUCCCACAGAGUGGAGCUCCCAUGCAAGGCCUCUGGACACCCGGCACCAAAAUACCGUUGGCUGAAAAACAACAGACCGCUAGAAUCAGACUCCCGUUUCCGUCAGAGUGUAACGGGCCUGCUGAUCGAGAGAACCCAGCCCAGUGACACAGGCAGCUACAUGUGUGAAGUGUGGAACAGCUAUGGAAACGCAGAGGUCAUAGGUCGUCUCACGGUAAAAGAACCUCUUAAAGUGGUGGCCAGUCCGCGAAAGGUGAAAGGCAGUGUGGGUAGCCAAGUGUCACUAACCUGCAGCGUUACUGGCUCGGACGAGUACGAGCUCUCGUGGUACCGCAAUGGCGACAAGAUCAACACCGGCACCAAUGUGCAGAUGAACGGGAUCAAUAAGGAGUACCUUGUGAUGGACGGGAUGGCGAAGAGCGAUGGAGGAGUAUACCAGUGCUUCGCCAGGAAGGCUAAAAUGUCAGCUCAGGAUUUUGUGCAAGUCAUUUUAGAAGAUGGAACCCCUAAGAUCCUGUCCGCCUUCAGUGAGAAAGUUGUUGGUCCGAAUGAGUUUGUCUCCCUGAUGUGUCACGUCAAGGGAACUCCACAGCCUGCCGUCACCUGGACGUUGGAUGAUGACGUUGUCACGAAGGACAGUCGGCACCGCAUCGGUCACAGCAUAACGGCAGAGGGGAACGUGGUCAGCUACCUGAAUGUCUCCCACACCCAGGUCCGGGACAGUGGGGUCUAUCGCUGCACCUGUAACAACUCGGCGGGGACGGUCUCCUACCAGGCUCGAAUAAACGUAAGAGGUCCUGCUGACAUACGACCAAUGAAAAACAUCCCAGUGAUUGGCUACCCAUAUUACUCCAUCAAAUGGUACAAGAACUCCAACCUUCUCCCUUUUAAUGACCGUCAGCGGGCGUUUGAGAACAAUGGCACGCUGAAGCUGCUGAAUGUGCAAAAAGAACUGGACGAAGGAGAGUACAGCUGCCAUGUGCUGGUUCAGCCCCAGCUUUUUUUGAAGAAGAGGGUCCGUAUAAAUGUGUUGCCUCCCUUCAUCCAGCCUUUCGAAUUUCCACGUUAUUCCAUCGGCCAUCGCGUCUUCGUGCCCUGCGUUGUGCGCUCAGGUGACCUUCCCAUCUCUAUCACCUGGGAGAAGGAUGGAAAGCCCAUUAACGCCAGCCUGGGGGUGACCAUCGACAACAUCGACUUCACCAGCUCCUUGCGGAUCUCCAACCUCCAGCGAGUGCACAACGGCACAUAUACUUGCAUUGCCCAAAACGAUGCUGCCGUCGUCAAAUACCAGAGUCAGCUCAUUGUUAGAGUUCCACCAAGAUUCAAAGUGCAGCCUCAAGACCAGGAUGGAAUCUACGGUAAAUCUGUCAUCUUGAACUGCUCUGCGGAUGGAGAGCCGCGGCCGACUAUUGAGUGGAAGUACUCAAAAGGAUGUCUUCAUUUUUUUUUGUGGGUGGUGGUGGUGUGCCAGUUUUUAAACAUAGCUCUAAACUCGGGCUUCAGGGUCCAGCUGCUCGGGAAUGGCUCACUGCUGAUUAAGCACGUUCUUGAGGAGGACGCAGGUUAUUACCUGUGCAAGGUCAGCAAUGACGUGGGAGCCGAUGUCAGCAAGUCCAUGUACCUCAACGUGAAAAUUCCGGCCAUGAUAACAUCAUAUCCCAACAACUCACUGGCAACGAAAGGAGAGAAGAUAGAGAUGAGCUGCAAGGCUCAUGGUGAGAAGCCCAUCAUGGUUAGAUGGGAGAAGGAGGUGGAAAAGGAGAAGCAGUCACACAUGAUCAAUCCAGACAUGUGGCGGCACACGGUAACAGUCAAGAACGUCGGUGAAGAGGUCGUCUCCACCCUUCAGAUCUAUCCAACAAUGAGAGAGGAUUCUGGGUUCUUCUCCUGUCAUGCCAUUAACUCCUAUGGUGAAGACAGAGGCAUCCUUCAGUUAACAGUUCAGGAGCCACCAGAGCCUCCUAAAGUGGAGAUUCGUGAGGUGAAAGAGAGGACCAUCGCCCUCCGCUGGACCAUGGGAUUCGAUGGGAACAGUCCCAUCACCGGCUACGAUAUUGAGUGCAAAAAUAAAACAGAAACUUGGGAACGAGCUCGCAGGACCAGAGACGUUUCUCCAACUCUAAACCAGGCCACUAUCAUAGAACUUCACCCUUCAUCCACCUACAACAUCCGUAUGUUCGCCAAGAACCACAUUGGCGACAGUGAACCCAGCAAUGAGCUCACAGUAACCACAGAUGAAGCAGAUCCUGAAGGACCACCCCAAGACGUCACGCUGGAAGCCAUCACCUCCCAAAGCAUAAAAGUUACAUGGAAGGUACCGCUGAAACAUCUCCAGAAUGGCGUGAUCAGGGGGUAUCAGGCGUGCCAUCGAGAGCACUCCAUCAACGGCAGUCACCAGUUCGUCUGCAUCAGUAUGGAGGCCACGGGAGAGACCGAAUCCCUGAGCCUCAACAACCUGAAGAAGUUCACAGAGUAUGAGGUGGUGGUGCAGGCCAGUAACAGUGCUGGUCCGGGACCUGCUUCCAGUGAGGUCCGGGCUACAACAAUGGAGGAUGUACCCAGCAGAGCUCCAGAGAAGGUUGUGGCCACCGCUGCUUCCCCUGAGAGCAUAUCUUUGUCCUGGCAGACUCUGUCCAGGGAAGCUCUCAACGGCGUUCUGCAGGGUUUCCGUAUCAUCUACUGGGCCAAUCUACCAGACGGAGAACUAGGGGAAAUCAAAAACGUCACUACACAGAAGGCCCAGCUGGAGCUGGAGGGUCUGGAGAAAUACACCAACUACAGUAUCCAAGUUCUGGCCUUCACCAGAGCAGGAGAUGGAGUACGCAGCGACCAGAUCUACAUCCGCACCAAAGAGGAUGUGCCAGGUCCACCCGGCGGGGUGAAGGCAGCUGCAGCCUCCAGCUCUGUGGUGUAUGUUUCUUGGCUCCCUCCGCUGAAGCUGAAUGGCGUCAUUAGGAAAUACACAGUCUUCUGUUCCAGCUCGUAUCCCACGGUGGUCAGUGAGUUUGAAGUGGCCCCAGAUGAAUUCCUGCACCGGGUUCACAAUCUCAGUCGCAACAGGAAGUACAGUAUCUGGGUGAUGGCGGUGACUGCGGCCGGCCGGGGGAACAGCAGUGAUGUCAUCACCGUGGAACCUCUGGCCAAAGCUCCUGCCAAAAUCCUCACCUUCAGUGGUACUGUUACAACACCGUGGAUGAGGGAUGUUGUUUUACCCUGCAGGGCGGUCGGAGACCCGCCUCCUGCCAUUAAAUGGCUGAAAGAGAGCGGGAGCCCGGCCCCUGCGAUCAUUGAUGGAAGACGCAGUAUCCAUGGAAAUGGCAGCUUCGUCAUUAAGACCGUGAAAGCAGAGGAUUCUGGGUAUUACACGUGUGUCGCCAGCAAUAACUGGGGAACGGACGAAAUAAUUCUGAACCUUCAGGUUCAAGUCCCCCCUGACCAACCUCGACUCACUGUGACCAAGACAACCAUCACAUCCAUUACUGUGUCCUGGAUACCAGGAGACAACGGUGGGAGCUCCAUUAGAGGAUAUAUUCUGCAAUACUCAGAGGACAACAGUGAGAAGUGGGGAAGUAUUUCCAUUAGUCCUAGCGAGCGUUCCUACCGUCUGGAGAACCUCAACUGUGGCACCUGGUACAAGUUCACGCUAACGGCCCAGAAUGCUGUUGGUCCAGGCCGAAUCAGUGAGAUAAUUGAAGCAAAGACUCAUGGGAAAGAGCCACAGUUCUCCAAAGAGCAGGAGCUGUUUAAUAGCAUUAAUGGAACAUGUGUCAAACUCAACCUGAUUGGCUGGAAUGAUGGCGGUUGUCCAAUCACCUCCUUCACUCUGGAAUACCGUCCAUUGGACAGCGCCGUGUGGACCAAAGUCAAGCACACGUCUAUCACAAAGAACUUCAACCUCCAGGACCUGCAGGAAGCCACUUGGUACGAACUGCAGAUGAAGGUGUACAACAGCGCGGGGUUGGCUGAGAAACGUGUCAAAUUUGCUACUUUGAACUACGACGGCAACACCAUUCCUCCGCUGGUGAAGACGGCGGUGAACAACCCGGUGAAGAAAACCAGCAACGAGGGGAUGAAGAUGAUGGUGACGAUCUCUUGCAUUUUGGUGGGAAUGGUGCUGCUCUUCGUCCUGCUGAUGGUGCUGAGGAGGAGGAGGAGAGAGCAGAGGCUGAAGCGGCUCAGGGAUGCAAAGAGUUUGGCUGAAAUGCUAAUGAGUAAGAACACAAGGCCUUCAGAUACCAUGAACAAACAACAGCAGACCCUCCGCAUGCACAUCGACAUUCCCCGAGCGCAGCUGCUCAUCGAAGAGAGAGACACCAUGGAAACAGUGGACGACAGAUCAACAGUGCUACUGACUGAUAACGAUUUCGGAGAAACUACCAAACAGAAGUCGGCCACCGUUACGCACUCUGUCCACUAUCAGUCUCUAUCGCAGGCCACCGGCCCACUGGUGGACGUCUCUGAUGUACGACCUGGGACGAGUAAGAGCAGUCUGUCGAAUCCCACCUCUCGCCGUACAGCUAAAGCUGGUCCUGCAGCACGCAACCGUUAUGCCAGUCAGUGGACACUGAAUCGUCCCAACCCUCCUGUCUCUGUCCACACUCUCAGCACGGACUGGAGGCUGGGGACGCCCAGAGUGGCUGGUUCAGUGGACAAAGAAAGCGACAGCUAUAGUGUCAGUCCGUCACAGGACACAGACCGCGCUCGCAGCAGCAUGGUCUCCACUGAGAGUGCGUCUUCUACGUAUGAGGAGCUGGCCAGAGCCUAUGAACAUGCCAAGAUGGAGGAACAUCUGCGACAUGCCAAGUUCACCAUCACAGAGUGCUUCAUCUCAGACACAUCCUCCGAGCAGAUGACUGCAGGCACCAAUGAUUACACGGACAGUCUGACCUCCAGUACACCGUCAGAAUCAGGCAUCUGCAGGUUCACUGCGUCACCACCCAAACCCCAGGACGUCUGCAGGGUGAUGAACAUGGCCGUACCCAAGGCCCACAGACCAGGUGAGACUACUGGUGGGAAGUAAUGACUUUAAACUCAAUUUAAACCAAUUGAAGCUGAAAAUCCAGUGGCCUCACGGGAAGCGGCGAUGGGCCAGGCCUGUUUGGAGCCGCAGAAGACCCGCUCGAUGAAACGCCCCGCCUUGCUGGAGCCGACACCCAUGCAGGUGCCGACCAGCAGGGACGUGCAGCAGUGGCAGCCGGGCACGGCCUCAACGCUUCCACAGAGAGAGGCCGGAACGGACUUGGCACAGGCUGCCAAAAUCAGCACCUCCCAGGAAUCACUGCUGGACUCCAGAGGACACUUAAAACAGAGCAACAAUUCCUACGCAAAGUCCUACACACUGGUAUAACAAA